AUGGAUUUUUACCUUCGAUGCAAUUCCCUCAAAUGUCGAGCCCAGCUGAAAGAGAGAGCAGUCGUCACGACCUGCUCACACAUCUUCUGUCUCCAAUGUGCCAGCAAUCUAGGUCUUUCACAUCCAACGUCAGUCGACCGUCGUUGCCCAGCCUGCCAAACCAUCCUCGUCAAUCCAGACGACGCGGUCGCCACCAUCCUCAACCCGUCCGAAGACUACAAGACGAGCGUGCUCAGCGGACUGGACCCGAACACGAUCAUGGAAUGCGCCGGCCGGGCCCUGCUGUUCUGGACGUACCAGACCACUCAGGAAGUGUGCGCGUUCUUCCUCGCCCCAGCACGUAAGAACCUCCUCGAGACCCCAUCACUAACAGACCACUCUUCCAGCUUCUACCAAGAGUUCCUCGGAAAGACCCUCACCGAGAAAUACACCAACCUCAACACCCAGAUGGACAAGGUCAUCCACAACGCCAACUCGGAGAUCUCUGCCCUACAAGCACGAAUAUCAGACCAAAACCAGAUACCAACACCUCACCCUUGGCAACCAGACAUGCAAACGACGCAAGACCAACUCCGCAAAAAGAACCAAGAGCUCGUCGACAUGUACCGCGAGAAAUGCACCCGCUUCACGCAGAUCACCAACCUGUACAACUUGUUGAAAUCGCGCGCCAUGAAGUCGCAGAUGCAGACCGCAGCGACGGACUCGGUCCAUCAGACGCUGAACUCGCUGCCUCUGCCUCUUCCUCCUCUGCCGCAGUCACAGUCACACCAGACCUCGAUGCCCCCGCAGACGCCCCUGCACCGGUACCCGGUCGACCGUGAGGGCGUGGAACAGCUGCACCGCCACCAACGCAGCGGAACGGGGAGCUCGAAGGGGGCGGCGACGCAGAUCCAGAAACAGAAACAGAAACAGAACGCGGAUGCGGUGGCUAUGCCUCCUCCGCUGCCGCCGGGGCGGUUACAGGGGGAUCCGCGACAUCGUACGGUCAUGCCGAGAUCCCACUUCUCCCGAGAAAGAAGAUACUGA